CGACCUGCAACGUCAAUGCUAAACUACCUAGUAGGGUACUGGACUAAUCCAAAUAUGCGGGAUUUUAGCUUGGAAAACUAAAUAAGGUGUCCAGAUUGGCUAUCUAGCCAUAGAAUGGAGUACGAAUUCAGAUAAUAUGUACCAUGUUUAUCUACUGAUUGGUUACAUUUUAAUGUAUUGCGUUAUUGAAUCAAAUUACCAGACCAUAAACAGAGUAUGCGCAAAGCUAUGGCGCUUUACGGUACAGCCAUACCAGCAGAAAGGGAGAGUUCGAUGUGCAUGCAACUUCCCAUUGAAAAGCUAGCUAGUAGUCAAUAACACAUAUUAGAAUGCCCCCUCCAUGAAAAUGAUUUCAGACACAUCCUGCAAAUAAUAAUCUACCUCGUGCACAGUGUGAAGUCGCUUUUGCACUGUCUCUAACAAUAACAUUGUGAAACAGUGCAUCCUAGCUAGCUAGCGUUAGCGGCAAAGCCAAAGGAAACUCCCCCGAGAAGAACAGCGCGCAACAAAAACAUGGCGGAGUCAGAGGAGGCUAAACAAAAAUCUCAGCAUGAACUCCGGCUGUCCAAGGCUUUUGAUGAGGCAGUGAAGCUCUCAGCCCCCAUGGCUGGUGAGUCCCAGAGGCAGCACACUCCCCUCUCAACCAGAUCUCUCUGGAGCAGCAUCACAACCGGACCAGUCUUUGAUGCACCAGAACCAGUCGGACGGCCUGACAUCGAUCAUGAUUUUAGCAGUGAUGAUGAGGGGCAUGUAUUCCCUCACAUCUCUCACCCUACCAGUGCUACCUUCUCCCUGGCUGGUCUGGGGGUGGUCGAGCAAGAAGACGAGCUGGAUGGGGUUCCUGUGUUUGGGGUAGAUGAGGAGGAGGAGGAGUGGAACAUAGCCCUGCCCAAGAUGGCACUGGGUGAUGUGGAGUCUGACAGAGAGUCAGCCGGACGACCUGACACACAACAUGCAGAGACUCAGGAUGUUGAUCAAAAUGCGACUGACAGAUUCCUUGAUGCAGUUUCACUUUCCAAAGUUAGAACAACUUCUGAGGAGGCUAGUCAAACUGCUGAGUACAGACUAACCAUACAAGGAGAAAGUCAUCUUUCAACUAACCACUCUCUGUCCCCUUUACCAGAGAACAGCUUGGAUGAAGGAAGUCUGAAUCGGUCUACGGCUGGGGGAUCCAGCCGUCAAGAGGUCUGUUACUGUAUGACUUAAGUAUACAGAGGUCAGAGAAUGUUUUCCAGAACCCAGCGAUGGGGGACAGAGAAGACCCCCCCAUCUCUCCCCUCAUGAACAUCAAGGAUGAGCCCAUAGAUGAAGGAUAUGACUGUGCCCUUCUACCCUCAACACGGAAUAUCAAGGAGGAACUGGACAACACAACUCCUGAGGAGGAGCUGAGAAUCAGUUCUGUCUUUUCCGUUGGAGGAGGAAACUCCUAUGGCUCUCCCACUGGCUCUAUGGCAGCCUCCCAGAACACCACCUCCAUAUUUGGACCAGGAAGAAGUGUAGUUCCACAGGGGCCAACAAUGACCCUCAGGAGCCUGGCUCCAGUGCCCCAGCCACCCCAGCCCCAACCCCAGGCCCCCAGCAGCUCCAACCCAGCCAAUGCAGUGCGUGUGUCCUGCUCAGGCUGCUCUAAGAUCCUGCUGCGCGGUCAGACUGCCUUCCAACGGAAAGGAUCCACCCAGCUCUUCUGCUCCACCGUCUGUCUCACUGGGUUCACCCUGCCUGCCAUCAAACUGAGAACCUGUUACCAGUGCCUCAAGGAGAUCGAGGACCCCAAAGAUGUGAUCAGUGUCAUUACAGACAAUAACCUGAAGGAUUUCUGUAGCCAGUUCUGCCUCUCCGUGUUCAACCGCAGGAGGAAACCAGGGCCUCUCUCCAAGCCUUCUGUCCAAGAGCCUGCCACCCUGAGGUGCAGUAUGUGCAAGAAAAGCGACACGAUUCAGCACGAGGUGACUCACCAGGGCUCCUUGCACAAACUGUGCAGUGAUGAGUGCUUCAUGCGCUUCCGCUCCUCCCACAACCUGGUCAUAAACGUCUGUGAGAGCUGUGGCGAGUACUGCGCCAGUGCUGACAGGAACUGCCGGAGACUUCGAGUAGAGGGGGUCACCAUAAAGUUCUGUAGUCCUACCUGCAUUAGCACUUAUAAGCAGACAACCACCAAGGUGAUGCCGUGCGGACGCUGCCGUGACCUGAGGCUCAUGUCUGACAUGUUGGAGAGCACCGACUCGGAGGGCAAGGUGGAACUCUUCUGCAACUCCAUCUGUGUCAAUAAAAGCUGGCCUCAGAACGAACUGUCAGGAACGGCAUUCCCAUGUACCUACUGCAAAGUGAAGGCUGUCUCUCAGUACCACCUGGCCAUGGUGGACGGCACCAUCCGCAACUUCUGCUCCUACACCUGUGUCAAGACCUACCGGGAGGCCGAAGGCAGCCAGCCUCCCCCCCAGCAGGGCCAGAUGAACGGCUCCUCGUCCACUGGUCCUCCCCCUCCAGCACCACCCCAGGGCUACUUCCGUCCUUAUCCCCCGUCCUGGGUCCCCACUACUGGCCACCCAUACGCUCCAGCCCAGACCUCUGCUCCACCUCUACCCUAUGGAGCCACCCCAGACAUGGCUAGGGCAUAUGGAGCAGGGCAGCAUCAACCAGGGCUGCCCAUGCCCCCCCCCUCCUCCUCUACCUCCACCCCCAAGGGGCAUGUGAAACUCUCCUGCCAUCAGUGCCCUCAGCAGUUCCGCUGGAAACCUGAGCUCUAUGAGUACAAUGGUCGCACCAUGCAGUUCUGUUCCAAACCUUGCUGUGUUGAGUUUAAGAAACAGCGUAAUGUCAUAGUGAGGUGUGAAUACUGCAAACUGGAGAAGUUGGUCAAAGAAGUCAUAAAAUAUGACUUCAUCGAUCGGCCCUUCUGCAGCGAGAGCUGUAAUCUGCUCUUCAAGCACGACAUGAAGGGGCCAUGGCGGAUGUGUGCCUACUGUGCCAACAUCAGCCCCAAUAUGAUCCACAACCACUUUGGUGGCAAGAUGCAGGAGUUCUGCAGUGAGGCGUGCAUGUCAAAUUACACUGUUCUUUUCUAUGAGAUGGCUAAGUGUGAGUGCUGCAGACGUCAAGGGAAGAUGAAAGAGCAACUGAAGUGUUUUGGGGCUGUGAAGCUGUUCUGUACCUUGGAGUGUGUCAUUCAGUACUGCUAUCAGACCUUCCAACAGCACCCUUGGACUAGCAAUGGCACCACUGCUACACAGGGUCCAUCCCAAACUCCAUUCCCCUUCUCCAAGCCAGCUCCUGUCAUUGCUGAUGUUGUAUCGUUGGCCACCUCUCCUGCUGACCAGCCCCAUACUACGGCUGCCACUGCCUUGACUGGAGCUCUUCCGACGUCUAACUCUCAUGGCAAGAGCCUGGGCGAUGCGAGCACCCAGACGGAAGCCAUGAGGAUCUCAGCCCGCCGGAGGAUCAUGAAGAACAAGGCCAUCAUCUGUAAACCCCUCAUGCUGGACCAGCAGACCAGCUGCCAGAUUCAGACGCAGACCACAGAGAAAUCAAUGACAUUAACGGGGUUCGCAGAGACUGGGUUCACGUACACAGAGAACGGGGAGAAAGUGCGGGUGAUUGUGAUGCCUGUUCCUGUGCCAGUCUUCAUCCCAGUGCCUAUGAGCUUGUACAGCCAGUACACUCCUGUGCCCAUGGGUAUCCCUGUGCCUGUGCCAGUGCCCAUGGUAAUACCUCACUCGUUAAGCCGUUCAGAGCUCAAGGACAGAAAAUACAAUGUUCCAUCUCAGACCAUGGCCGAGGAGGAGGAGAAAGACAAACCUGUCUCCCAUGGAGAUCAAGGCAGCGCCUACAGUGGGGACCUGGAGUCGGAGGCCGUGUCCACCCCCCACAGCUGGGGUGGAGAGGACGAGUCCACCUCCACAUCCAACCCCCAGAGAGGGGCAGAGAAGCCUUCCGAGCACCCCAGCACAGCUCCCUCCUCCCCUCAACUUUUGGACCUGGAGGCUGACUACCCCCCUGAUUCGUUUGAUCCUGCUGCAGUGAAGGGGCAGAGACUGACUGUAAAGAUUAGAAGACGAAAGAGACCCAGAGACGUCUUCCCUCCCAGUAAACGGAGUUGUAAGCGAAGUGGGACUAUUGACAUGGUGGAGCACACUGUUUCACUCCCUCCUGCCAGAUCAAAACUCCAUCACAAGUACGGGGUGAAAGCCUGGAAGAAUUGGGUCCUGCAGAGGAACAAACAGAUUGACUGUGAAUUUUCCAAAGAUGCCUCAGCUAAAUCUAUGGUUGUGAAGGAGAACGUGUUGCAGUGUAACUCCUCUGAGCUUAGUUACGGCCUCUGUCAUUUCAUCAGUGAGGUCCGUCGCCCCAAUGGCCAGGCCUACCCUGCUGACAGCAUCUUCUACCUUUGUCUGGGCAUACAGCAGUAUCUAUUUGAGAAUGGAAGGCUAGAGAAUAUCUUCACUGAUAUGCUCUAUCAUAAGUUCAGCAUGGAGAUUACUAUGAUGCUACAUUACUGGAGUCCUACCCUGCUGCCCAGCGGCUACCUGCAUUCCCGUGUGGAGGAGGAGUACCUGUGGGACUGUAAACAGCUGGGAUCCUACUCCCCCAUCGUGCUGCUCAACACCUUGCUCUUCUUUGGCACCAAGCUGUUCCAGUUCAAGACCAUGGGCCAACACAGACGUCUGUCCUUCACCAACUUCACCCGCUGUACCAGGGUCACCAAGAACGGCAAGAGCUCCUUCCUGAGGUUUAGGCCUGGUCAGGAUGUGUCAGACACCCCCGAUCUGCUAGCUUUGCCUGCCAAGAGAAGGCUGGAUGAAGAGGAAGGUGACAUGGAGAUGCCUGAGAAUACUGAGAACCCACUACGCUGCCCUGUCAGACUCUACGAGUUCUACCUCUCCAAAUGCUCAGACUCGGUGAAGAAUAGACCACACCUGUUCUACUUGCAGCCAGAGCUCUCCUGUCACUCAAAUAGCCUGCUGUGGUAUUCUGCCCAGCAACUAGAAGGCCCUGCGCUGGAAAGCAUGCUCACACGCAUCCUGGCAGUACGGGAGGUCCACCUGGAUGAGCUUCCGCUGCAUAAUCACUAUACUGAAGCCUCCACAGAUGAUGACGAUGACCAUUUGUAGUGGGAAUAACCUACUCAUGGAAUGGCACACUAUUCCCCAUAUAGUGCAGUGCAGUACGUUUCAACAGGGCCCAUAGGGCUCUGGUCAAAAGUAGUGCACUCUAUAGGGGUUAGGGUGCCAUUUCGGACACGGCCAUGGACAUGCCGCAAACAUGCACAAUCAUGUAAAGACAAUAAGAUACUGUCUGACACUUCAUUUAGUUUUCCAUUACAUCUUUGUUCUUAGAUUCUAGUUUUAGAUGAUGAAUGGAAUUAUGGCUCACAAAACAUUAAAACUAUUCAUGUUACAUUCGUUUCUGUUUGUUUUUCUAGUUUGUUAAUAUAGCUGAAAAUGUUGUUACUUUCUACCAAUCUGCCUUAUUCUGAGGGCCCACACAACUAAUUCCAUAGUCUUGACCAUCCAAACUACUAACUAAACCGAGGUGAUCACAUAAUGUUGUACAUAGUUUUGUUGUUUUAGUUUUUUGUAUGAAUCCCUCUGUUGUGGACUUGAAUAAGCAACAUUUUGCAAAGGACAUUUCUGUCUGCUCUGCUGUCUGUUGUCUGAAGUGAUUAAAAGAACUUGAGAAUA